CCGCAGCUCAUGAUCUUGAACCCAGAUCUAUGCACAACCAUGCCGCCCUCUGUGUGGUUGAGCACGGGAAUGCGAACCGUAUAUCAUUUUGUGGAGGCAUUCUGUUCUGUGGGUGGUAUGGGUCCAUCCACAGAGGAAGCGGCUCUACGCGGCCUGCGUCAUCUAAUUCUCGGAUUAUUGGAAUACUGA